ACUACUUAGGCCUACUUCCCAUUUGGGUACAUCCCUCAAUUGCGUACAUUCAUCUUAUAACUGGUUUCCGGAGUCCAAAUUACGCUAUGGCUUUUUUUUUUUUUUUUUUGAUAAAGGUUGGCUUUAUAAAUGUACUAAAAACGGGCCUUUACUCAUAGAAUUGCCUAAGCCAACAAACUACGAUACCGGCUAUCUGUACCUCCACCGAGGCGGGAUUGCUCUACUGAGCUGAAAUAACUUUUGUUAGGUUACGACUUCAACUACUUUUGAGCAGCCCGACAGGUAAUGUUGACAAAAUGACACGAGAGAAGAUAUCUUCUGGCCAAAGUGCAAUGAAAAGGAGGAAACAACCCACAGGAGUUAAAAUGGACUGGUUCCACUGUAAUCAGUGCUUCACAAGGAGAGGCUCAAAGUUUGCUGUGUCCAGCUGUGGUCACAUAUGCUGUGAAGCAUGCAUUCAAUCUCAGCGGUGCAGUGUAUGUGGGGCCAGCUGCAGUUAUCUGCCCAUCACAGAUGAGAUGAAGCCACAGGAAAAGGUGUUUUUCAAGGACCCCGUGAAGCUCCUCCAGUCAUGGCUGGAGCACACUUCACAGAUUGCACUUUUUCAGCGGACACAGAUGGAGAGAGUCACGGCACACUUCAAGCAUAAGUCCGUUGAACUGGAAAGGCAUCUGAAGGAAGUCACUGAGCAGGGUUACAGAAGGCAACUCUCCGAGCUGAAAAGAGAAAAUACUGACUUAAAAAAGCAGCUUUCAAAUCUGAAAAGAGAGACUGCUGAUUUGAAAAAGCCACUUUCUCAGCGAAGGGUUUCUCCAGGACAGUUUCAUAUAGAUGGCACUCAAAGGGUGUCACUACCUGUGGCCGUCACCUCUCCAGUUACCCCUCGUUCAAGAACUAUGAGUUACAUAGGCUCAGCAGAGUCUCAGGCGUGGGCCAGAGACAGAGCUCCCCAUCUAUCCUCCAUCACAACUCCUGGAUCCGCUAUCUCUAUUUCGAGCCAUAGUUCUCUUCAUGAACAUGUUCACAGAACACCCACAUCCUUUAACACUCCUACAAGAUCUCAGCGUCAGACUCCUAAUGUCUUCCAGUUCCAGUUUAUGAGUGGAUUAUCAACACAGUCACCCAGGCGUUAAUGAAAUGGCCUCUAAUUGUGGGGACAUGUUUAUCGGUUAAGGAGUCCUUAGCCACAUGCGUGUUCAUCAGGACCCUUGUGUCUUUGUUAGAGAUACACAUUUGUUUAAAGCCCGGUAACAGUUGGCACCAAUGACUGAACUUCUUGUCCAUUGUUGAGUAUAGGUAAUUUACAAUUGUUAAGUUUAAACGGAUGUUAUACUGGUGUUGCCAUGUAGUUCCUCUGUUGGUGAAUUACUAGCCACAUUGUCUUAUUGAUCAUUGGUUAAUUAAUGGUCACCUUUUUUGUGUCAACUUAUAAUACAACCAUUUCUGCAUUUUGCUUUUUGCUCACAACAGAGAAUAUACACUAAAUGUGUCAGAAUCAGUUGGAGUCAUUACAGCACACACAAAAAAAACAUGGCUUGCACAUAUGAUUAGAAAGGCAAAUCCUUUACUGGUUUCCAGUGACACAAUUGUGCAAAUGAGAAAUUAUUCAAACAGGAUAAAAUACAUGGAAAACAUCUGCUAAGGAAGACACAAAGCAUUGUGGACAUUUCCCCACAGCAUGACACUUGCAUUAUCUUUUAAUUACUAAUAGAAUGCCAAAAAAAACAGUGAUAGACAAUGCUUUAUCAACAUUAUGGUCAUCUAACCUUUAUUCAGACAUUUCUAAUUAACUAAACUCUACUUAAAGCCCACUUCACCCCUUGUAGGUCUAGCAAGAAGUAUUUUAGUGGAGAUUUUCUGAACUGAUAACCUGAAUGUAUAGAGUUUGUGCUAUAAUUAAUAAU